AUUAACCAUACCAUUUGAUCUUGUAAGAAUAGAUAGACUUAUUGGGAAAGCUACAUAAAUAUCCAGAUCAAUAGAUUUUAACAUACUGUAAUAUGUUAAAUAAGCAAAUAAAGACUCUGAGUAAAUAGCAGAGAAAAAUAUAGUAGCCGGAUUAAUACAAUAAAGUACUGCUGCUUUGUAAGCUGUAUUAGUGUUCUUUAGCACUACUUUACUGAGAUCAUAAAAUAUUAUAGCUGAUUUUACGAAACAUAUGCCAUUAAUUAAUAUGGCAGCAGUAAUUAUAGAACUAUUAACAUUCAACGAAUAAAAUACUUUUCUAAUACAAGCAGCACUAAAUCGAAUUAAUGUAGGAUACAAUGGAUAGAAUGCUAAAGUAUUUUCAUAAGUGUAACCAUAUUUAGCAAUAUGUAUAAAGUAUUGGCCAUCCCAUCGUGUAAGACCAUUAAAUAAUAAUGUUAUUAUAUUAUCAUACACUGAUACUCUCUCAGAUUUAUCUCUAGGACUUCUAAAUGCAUCUGCAUAAUGAUCAGGACAGAGAAUAUUGAAAAUAAAUUGCAAACUUAACACUGUUAUUCUACUGGUUACUGCAAACCAAAAGAUCUUCCUUCGUGGUCCAUACAUUGUUAAUAUAUUGCAUACAAGUGUACAAAUUUAAUGUUUUACAUAAUUACACUUCGUCUAUAUUAGACUUAUUAGACAGUAAUUUUAAUACUACUAAAAUACAUCCUCGGUUAUUUGAUAAAAAUGUGGUUCAUUCCUUUCGGUUUCCUGUGUGUUCUUAUCAUGUCAGGAUGAAGAGAUUAUGAAUUUAUCACAUAUGUAUGGUGUUUUUUUUCCUGUCCACAAUUUUUACUUUAUAAGAGUGCACAGCUAGAACAGACAAUUCAAUCACAGAGUGUUAAAGAAUCUCUUAUUAGUGUUCUUUAGCAUUAUUAUUAUUCAUUUUUAUUCAUUUUUAUGUUUGAAAAAAAUGAUGUAUGCUCUGUUUUAUGUAAUUGUUAUUUACUAUUGUGUUAUAUUCAACUAUGUUAAUAGUGAAAUAUCAUCAAACUGUGACAAGCCAACAAAUUAUAACAAACAAAAAGAGAUAUUAUUAGAUUGGUUAUUUACUGGAAGUUGGGGAUGUUGGGGAAAAGAUUGUACAAAAAAUGGUUUUGAAAAUAAAGCAACAGAAUAUCCUGGUUAUGAUGGAUGGUACAAUAAUAUUGGACGGCCAGAGUUAGGAGCCGUUGAUACUCCUUUACUGAGAAGAUGGCCAGCUGCUUAUGAAGAUGGUGUAUACAAACCUUCGGGUUUGAGUAGACCAAAUCCAAUAGAACUUAGUGAAAAACUACUUAAAGGUGAUAUUAGCUCUGUCUCCAAAACCGGAAGAAAUACAUUGCUUGUAUUUUUUGGACAACAUGUUGUAGAAGAAAUUUUGGAUGCACAAAGACCUGCAUGUCCACCAGAAUACUUUAACAUUAAGAUUCCAUCUUCUCAUGAUUACGUAAAUAUAACUAAACAUCAUGAAAUGCCAGUAUUACGUACACGUUAUGAUACAAGAACUGGACAUUCUCCUAGUAACCCGCGUCAACAGUUAAAUGAAAUAACUCCAUUUCUGGAUGGUGGACUCAUUUAUGGUACUUCAAAGGCAUGGUCAAAUUUUUUAAGAACCUACUCAGAUGGUACCUUUGAUCAAAAUGGAUUAUUAGCAAGUAGUUACAACAACUCAUAUCCUGCAUAUAAUACUGAAAAAUUGCCUAUGUCUAAUCCACCACCUCCAAUUGGUCAUGAUGACUACAUUGCACAACAUUAUACAGAAAAAGUUGAUCGAUUCUUUAAGUUAGGAAAUCCAAGAGGGAAUGAAAACCCAUUUCUUCUCACUUUUGGUAUAAUUUGGUUUAGAUGGCAUAAUCAUAUAUCAAAUUACAUAAAAAGUCGACAACCUAACUGGUCUGGUGAAAAAGUUUACAAUGAAGCUCGUAAGUGGGUAAUAGCAACACAGCAACACAUUAUCACAAAUGAAUGGUUACCUGAAUGGUUGGGUAAAGAACUUCCUAUGUACAAUGGUUACGAUCCAAGUAUUGACCCACAAAUUGAUCAAUUUUUUCAAGCUGCUGCUUUUCGUUUUGGUCAUACCCUAGUUCCAUCAGGUGUAUAUUUACGAGACUAUGGUAGAGAGGGUUGCAAAUUAGAACAGAAUGAUAGAGCAAUUAGAACAUGUAAUAACUAUUGGAUGUCAAAGAAUUCUAUUUAUGAAAAUAUGACAAAGGUGCAAGGAAUUAUUGAUAUAGAAAAAUUGAUUAUGGGAAUGGCUGUUCAACUAUGCGCAGAAGAAGAUCAUAAAAUAGUAGAUGACUUAAGGGGCAGUUUGUUUGGUCCACUUGAAUUCUCAAGAAGAGACUUAAUGGCACUCAAUAUUCAAAGAGGUCGUGAUCAUGGACUUCCAGAUUAUAAUACUGCUCGAAUAGCAUAUAAUCUAACUAAAAUCAAUAAUAUAUCUCACUUCAGUAAUGUAGAUAUGGAUAUCAAGAACGAAUUUAUGAAACUGCAUAACAAUUCUUUUGAUAAUAUUGAUAUAUGGGUGGGAGGUAUAUUAGAAACUGAUCAUGGACCUGGAGAAUUAUUUCAAGCUAUCAUAAUUGAUCAGUUUCAACGAAUACGUGCUGGAGAUAGAUUUUGGUAUAGAAAUAAAAAUAAUAAUCUUUUCACUAUUGAUGAAAUUGAAAGAUUGGAAUGUCUUUCAUUUUACGAUAUAUUAAUAUCUGUUACUGCCAUGGAUCAUGAUGAUAUUCCACAAAAUCCUUUUAAAGUUCCUAUGUCAGAAAAUGAUAUCAGUGAUGCGUGCAUCAAUGUUUCGAUCUUUCAGGGAAACUGUGGAAACAAUAAUAAUAUGAGCUGCUAUCAUGCUAAGCCCAUCACUAUCAAAAAUGUUGAAAACUGUACAGAUGCUGCAACAUACGAUUACUUUAACAAUAGUGCUACGUCAUUCAUUUCAACAUUCGUGGGAUUAUCUACUAUUUUCUUUUGUUUUAUUAUACUACUCCAUAGUCGAAUAACAUCGAAAUCAAGCAAACAAUUUCAAUAUCCACCUAAUUGGACUAAAUCGCACUUCAUAAAAGAAGAUAAAAAUACUGCAAUUCUUACAGUAAAUGAAUGGCAAGAUAAAAUAUUGCCAUUGAGACCUGUAAUUAUUGUUCUAAAUGUGGUGAAAAAACAAUUGGAAGUAAGAAAUUAUUUAGGACAUAUCACACGAGCAAUAGAUAUGUUACAGUAUGCAAUAAUAACGAUGCAUAUUCCUACUGAUAGUACCUAUGUUAUGAUCAGGGUAGAACAUAAUUAUGAUUUAGUCUUAAAAUUUGACACGAAUUACUUGAGAGACUUAUUUCUUCAAGCUAUGAAACAAUUUGCUACUGAAUUAAAUACAAUUUCAAUCAAAGAAAUCCCGAAUAUCACGACCAAAGAAUUAUUAAAGCAAGCUGUUACUAAAAGAAGUCGACAAAAGAAGUUAGAACAAUUUUUUCGUGUUGUUUUUUCACAGAUAUUCGAUUUAAUUGAUAAAGACAAAAACAGUUUCAUAUCAUUUAGAGAAUUCCUUGAUAUGUUAGUUCUAUUUUUAAAAGGUUCUGCAGAAGAUAAAGUAAAAUUUAUGUUUGAUAUGUAUGACAUAAAUGGAACAGGGAGAUUGACAAAAAAUGAUUUCAAAAAUAUGUUAAGGUCACUUAUGGAAACAGUUAAUGCAGAUGUAACUGAUAAUAAUUUAGAAACUUUGAUGCAUUCAAUGAUGGAACAUGCAAAUAUUGUAACAAAAGAAACUAUAGAUUUGCAAGAUUUUAAACAAAUUCUAAGUGAUUUCAAUAAUAAGUUUAAUUAUGCAGAAUUAGAAUUUAAUAUUAAUACUACUGGGAAAUGUAAAAAAUUACAUAUUAGUGCAUCUACAUCUACAUCUCGACCAACGUAUAUGGGAAUAGUACAAACAAUAGUGGAAAGUCUGUAUGAAGAUCCAAGUGAAUUACGAAGAAGAAUUGGUGGUGAUACAAAGAUAGAAACGCACAAUAUACAUGAGAUAGAAAAAAUUGUUGAUGAUGUUCAACAUGUUCAAGAUUAUUGGUAUCCUAUAAUGAAAUAUCUUGCAAAUAAAAAGUUACAAAUAUUCUGGCUAUGUUUAUAUACUUUCAUUCUUUUUGCUAUUUCUGCAGAGAGAUUUUAUUACUAUUCUGUGGAACGUGAACACUCUGGUUUAAGACAUAUUUUAGGAUAUGGGAUAGCAAUUACUAGAGGAGCAGCAUCUGGAAUAAUGUUUACAUAUUCAACUCUUUUAAUUACAAUGUGUAAUAAUACAAUUACACUUCUAAGAGAUACUAUUUUACAGUUGUACAUACCAUUUGAAUCUAUGAUUGAAAUGCAUAAAUACAUUGCUUGUUGUGGAUUGGUUUUUACAGUACUACAUGUAAUUGGUCAUGGAUUUAACUUCUAUCAUAUUUCAACACAAAGUGCUGAUGACUUAACAUGUCUUUUUCCUAAUUAUUUUCAUGCCACACAUGAAUUGCCCAAAUUCCACUACUGGAGUUUUCAGACAAUAACAGGAUUAAGUGGAAUCCUUUUAACCAUCAUAACAGCAUUGAUAUACCUGUGUACUUUACCAAACGUUCGCAGACUACUUUAUAAUUGGUUUCGAUUAACACACUCUUUAUAUCCUGUUUUCUAUGUUUUAAUAAUAAUACAUGGAGCAGGAAGAUUAGUUCAAGAACCACAUUUUCAUUAUUUUUUUUUGGGUCCGUUAACUCUAUUUAUUUUUGAUAAAAUUAUUACUGUGACAAGGAAAACUAUUGAAAUACCUAUAUUAAAAGCAGAUAUACUACCAUCAGAUGUGGUUUGUAUUGUAUUCUCCAAGCCUCAAAAUUUUAAUUACAAAUCUGGACAAUGGAUUAGGAUUGCAUGUCCUACAUUACAAACGAAUGAAUAUCAUCCUUUCACAUUAUCGUCUGCACCUCAUGAAUCAAAUUUAACUGUACAUAUUAGAACAGUUGGAUCUUGGACUACUAAAAUUAGAACUAGAUUAGAUCCCACUAUAAAAUUUGAUCAACGAUUACCAAUGAUUCAUAUAGAUGGUCCUUAUGGUGAGUGCCAUCAAGAUUGGUAUAAAUAUGAUGUAAGUAUAUUGAUAGGAAGUGGAGUAGGAGUUACUCCUUUUGCAUCAAUUUUAAAAGAUGCUGUAUACAAAUUAAAUCAUGAUUUGAAUUUGGAAUGCAAAAAGGUAUAUUUUCUUUGGAUAACGAGAACGCAAAAACAAUUUGAAUGGAUGGUUGAUAUAAUAAGAAAUGUUGAAAAUGCUGAUUUUAAUGCUACUAUAUUGUCUCAUAUUUUUAUUACACAAUUUUACCAGAAAUUUGAUUUAAGAACUAUAUUAUUGUACAUCUGUGAACGACACUUUCAAAAAAUUUCAAAUAAAUCUUUAUUUACUGGUUUAAGAGCAACAACUCAUUUUGGAAAGCCCAAUUUUCUGAGAUUUUUCAUGUCUGUUCAAAAAUUACAUCCCACAAUUAACAAGAUUGGUGUUUUUAGUUGUGGUUCACCAUCUGUAACACAAGCUGUUGAUGCUGCUUGUAAGUCUAUAACUUUAAAUGAAAAACUAAAUGUUCUAUUCCAACAUUAUUAUAAAAGUUUCUAAACAUGUAAUUAAUUAUCUCUGAAAAUAUGUUAAUAAAUUUCAAACAAUUAAUAUAUUCUCUUUCCAACCGCUAUAAAAUAUAUAUAGUAUCGGACAAAUUUAUCUUAAUUGUAAAAAUCAUAGGAAUGUAACUUACAAAAUAUUUUAUAUAAUCAUAAAUAAUGGAUGUACAAAAUAACCAUUACUUAACCUCAAGAAAAUAUGUAAUAAUAUUAUGAAUAAUUACAAAACGAAAAUUUAAAAAAUUACCUUUCGUAUAUCGAAUUAUUGUAGAAUGCUUCAUCGCAAAUAGAAAGAACAAUUGUUGUUAUCACAAACAAACUUAUACCUCAGAUAACUCCAUAGCGGAAAUGAUGACAGUGAGAAUGAGAGUGAAUAUUCAAGCUUUAUGCUCCUCAACUGCACUCAACUGCUCAACUAAUACUCAACCAGGGGGCGUCAACUCUAUAGGGAAAAUUAGAGACACUUUUUGAGCUAGCUGAGACACACCAUCUGAGCUAGCUGCAAACUUGGGCGAACUAAAAUUCAAUAUGGCUGCUCACUCGCACGUGCAUUUGGUGGACUAUGGUAGAUCAUGUGCCGACCCAACGCCAUUCCCGCCAUUCUGAGCGAAUAAGCCACACUUAUUUUUAUUUCCUAUAGUAUCUUAUAUCUUUAUAAUAGUAUUUAGAAUACAUAUAUAUUUUUUUUGCAUCCUAUCAUCGACAAUGUAGCAGCGAGGAUAGGAGGAUAGAACAUCAGAGCCAGGAGCGGCAAAAAGAUAUCGGAGCGGAUAAAUCAAUUUAAUAAACACGUGUACGUACAUGCUUCAUUAGAAAUAGAUUUUUUGCUGUAUACCACUAUAAAAAAGAAAAUAAAAAAUUUGUUUCCUAUAUUA